AUGAUCCUCUUUGUAAAACCUGUACCAGCUUUAAUUCAGGAGAUUGCACGACUUGUGUUGAUAAUGCGACUGGUGGAGAGACAACUGCUUGCUAUUGCAAUACCAAUUAUAUAUCUAGCGGGUUUGCUUGUGUAUGGGCUUGCACUACUGGAUGUGCUGGAUGCUCAGGGACUCAAUAUUAUCAGUGCAUAUCAUGCAAUAGCGGCUAUUACUAUUUAA